AUGGGUGCCAGCUCGAGUUGCUUGAACGGCAAGGUUGAAGGAGCCCUCGUCAUUUGGCAGGUCAACCUGAAAAAUAGCAAAAGCCGGGCGAAAUAUCUUGUCAAUCUUGCUCAAAGCAAGUACUCGGAUGGACAACCCCAUAUCAUUGCCAUUCAAGAUCCUCCCAAGCACCUUGCAUGGAUGUCCACCGGGAACUACAAAUCAGUGAAGAUGUACUGUCACAUCUCACCCCAUCUCACCCGCGGCAAGGCUGCCGGGCCAGAUGGAGUUUCCUCAGACGCCCUGAAGAUGCUGCACUCUUUUAACGAGGUUCCCGACGAAGCCGUCUACGGUGGAGGCGACGAAGCUCUCAGAGGCAGCGUGAACAGCAUCAUCCAUCCAUACAUCAAACGUGAAGCGCAGGCCUGUCUGUUACACGCGCAUCACCCUGACGCUUUCAAACCCUCGAUCACGGUCAUCUUUCCCAAAGCCAAUAAAAAUGACUACACAAGCCCCAAAGCCUACCGCCUGCUCUGCUGUCCCCACUUGACACCUUCGACGCAGUUCGGUCUGCCCGGCAAGCCCACAACCAAGGCCCUGGAGCACCUCGUCAAUUUGGUACAGCAGUGUUGGUCACAUACCGGCCGUGCCAAGUUGGAGGCCACAUUGAUGACGAUCAACAUUGCGGGUGCCGACCGCAAGACUGUCCUCAAACUUCCCGGAUACACCUCUGAAGAGUUCUGGGUUGAUGUUGGCAUUCCUCAGGGCAGUCCUUUGUCUCCCAUUCUCUUUCUCUUCUUUUCCAGCCCCAUUCUAGAGGCUCUUCAGGUCUCUUGUCCGUUCGCAAGUUUUGCGCUGGCCAUGUCUUACGUUGACGACACCAACAUUCUCGUCACGUCUCCUUCGGAAGCUCGAAACUGUCAAGCAUUGAAGUUCCUCUACGACAACUUGGUGCGCUGGGCAUCGCCCAACGGCAUCUUCUUCGGGCCUCACAAGACAUUCGUCAUGCAUUUCAGGAAAUCCGGUAGUCAUGGGCCGCCAAGCACCGAGCUCCCCGAUAUUCCCGGCCUCUCCAAGAACUCACACAUUGAACAAGUUAUUAUCAAAGUCAGGAGGAGGAUGAUCCAUCUUCGCAGAAUAUCUGGAUCGACUUGGGGGCCAUCAUUGCACGAGAUGAAGAAGCUUUACGUCAGCUCGGUUCUUCCCAUCUUCUCAUACGCUUGCCCCGUUUGGUUCGUCGACGGUCGAGGCCAGAAGAUCCGAGGCCAGUUGACAAAGACGUUGGUCCAAUCUCUCGACGCGGAACAGGCGCGGUUUCUGCGAUUCAUUGCAGGUGGAUUCGAGGCCUCUGCCUCGGAAGUUGUCCACAAGGAGCUGCACAUGAUUCAGCUUUCGGUCUAUCUUGAACAACUUGCUCUCAGGCACCGGAUCAACAACCUCUAUUCACCAGAGUAUCGGGACCUCGAGGCAAUGUGGGACAAUGUCUUUACAGACAUUGCAACGGAGCAGGAGUUGGGCGCUCAUCCCUACAAAGCCCUCUACGGCCAGGCGGGAUCCUUUUGGCUCGAGAUGCGCGAGAGGGUUCUGGAUAAGCAGCUUUGCCGAGCAAACUGGAACCCCGAGCAAGCCGUGCAGUCAGAAGCCGAGGGCUGGGCCGAUCCCAAGCGCCGCAAGGCCAUCAUCAAGGCCUACCUGAAGGACAUCUCUAUGGAGAGGAGCAGUCUAGCGUGGGAUCGAUACAGAAACGACCGAAGCGGCAAGGUCCGCAACAUCAACCGCAACACUCCGGCUCUCAAGGAAAACUGGGGCCCAGAGAGUCUCAAGUACUAUCAAGGGCUCACGCGUGCUCAGAGUAGCAUGUUGUUCCAAUGCCGCAGUGGGGUGAUAGGGUUGAACGGCUAUCUCUUUUCGCUUAAGGCGAACGUGAGUCAUUUUAUUCUUCUUCCUCUUCCUCUGCAUCUUUCUCUGCCUCUUCACCGGGCCCAUCUUCUUUUACGCUAUGAGUCUAACUUCUCGUCUUUACUGCAGUUGGUUGAGACACACCGAUGUCGCUGUGGUCAUCCGAUGCAGACGGCCGAACAUCUCUUUGCCCAUUGCAAACAGCUCACCUUCGAACGCAGUCGCUUGCGUAAGCAUGUCGGCGUAAUCAACUUCGAUUUGCUGGUCACAACCGAGGCCAACGUAGCCACGGCGUGGGCGAUUCGCCAUUUCGACAUCGCUCAGUUCAGGUGGACGGGCAAACACAUGCCGCUUCCCUGCUGA